CAGCCCCACAUGCAAAACAUUCUCAGAUAUAUAAGCAUUCAUGGACAAUCAUGUACAAUAAGACAGCAUCCGAGACCCCAGACCCUCCGCCUGGCGCCUGAAGUUUCCCAGCAGUGAUGUCGCCGGAGGCCGAUCCGCAUGUCCCGCUGCUGCCGGAGAAGAAGUCGCCCGCCAGGCCGGCGGCAUCAGUCUCCGGUGCGGUCUUCAACGUCUCGACAAGCAUUAUCGGGGCUGGGAUCAUGUCCAUACCGGCGACGCUAAAGGUUCUCGGGGCUGUCCCUGCGUUCGUGCUGAUCGUGGUCAUCGCGUGGCUCGCUGACGUGUCGGUCGAGUUCCUGAUGAGGUUCACACACUCCGGGGAAGCCACGACGUAUGCGGGAGUCAUGAAGGAGUCGUUCGGGCGGGUUGGAUCCGUGGCCGUGCAAGUUUGUGUCAUGAUCACGAACCUCGGGUGUCUGAUCAUUUACCUUAUCAUCAUCGGGGACGUACUCUCUGGAAAUCAGCCCGAUGGAUCAAUCCAUCUGGGGAUCUUGCAGGAGUGGUUCGGUGUUCGCUGGUGGAACUCCCGAGAAUUUGCGCUCCUCUUCAUUAUAGUGUUUGUGAUGCUUCCACUGGUCUUGCUACGCCGUGUCGAAUCUUUGAGAUUCAGCUCGGCUGUAUCAGUUCUUCUAGCAGUGGUCUUCGUCGCCAUCAGUUUGGUAUUGGCAGUUCGUGCCCUCUUGGAGGGGAAAGCAAAAAACCCAAGACUGCUGCCGGAUUUGGAGAACCUGUCUUCGUUCUUCAACCUCUUUACUGCUGUUCCGGUUAUUGUGACGGCCUUCACGUUUCACUUCAAUGUUCAUCCAAUUGGUUCCGAGCUUGCAAAACCCUCUCAUAUGAUUGCUGCAGUCAGAAUAUCACUAGUGCUCUGUGCUUCCAUCUACUUCGCGAUAGGAAUUUUCGGCUAUCUGCUCUUUGGUGACUCUAUAAUGGCCGACAUACUUGUCAACUUCGACCGGAACUCAGAGACAGCGAUAGGUUCAUUGCUGAACGACUCAGUCCGGUUGAGCUAUGCUCUACACCUUAUGCUGGUGUUUCCCCUCUUGAAUUUCUCUCUACGAGCCAACAUUGACGAGUUUCUCUUCCCAAGGAAGCCGCUCCUGGCCACUGACACACCUAGAUUCUUGUGGCUCACACUUGUUCUGCUUGUCAUCAGUUAUCUCGCCGCAAUUGCAUUUCCAAAUAUUUGGUACUUUUUCCAAUUUCUAGGAUCCACCUCCGCAGUCUGCCUCGCGUUCAUCUUCCCAGGCGCCAUUGUGCUGAGGGAUAUUCAUGGUAUUUCAACAGUGAAGGACAGGAUCAUUGCGGGAGUAAUGAUUGGCCUGGCAGCAAUGACAAGUACAAUUGCCAUUUUGACAAACAUAUACAGUUUGACAGGAAGCAGAUCAUAGUUGUUUCUCUUUUCUUUCUCAUCCCAGUUUUUUUGCUUCCGUCUUGUCCUGGUAAAGGAAAGGUAAUGGUGUGGCUUGUGUUUCUUCUGCGAUGUAUUUGAGAUACAGAAAGCUUUAGAUUAUGCAGGAUUUUGUCCAUCUUAAGUAUACAAUACUUCUUAGAGUGAGUGGAUCUUGCAAAUAUUUUGCCUCUUGAAACCAAUGAAAGAUAUAGUAAUGUUACUCCA